UAUUUUCGAUUUUCUCACUGACAAUAAUUCUAUAAUUAGUUAAGCAAUGGCACUGGAAAUUGAAAAUUCUGGAACAGCCGAUAAUGAAGAUGAUGACGUAGGCUGCUAUUUUCUUCAACCAUCAGCCAGUCCUUACAACAUUACAGAAAAAGUACAACAGGCAAAUUUUGACUUGUUUAACUCUACUCCUGAGGUGACUAGAUCAAUAAAAGUAAAAUUCAGGGAGGAACUAGUUUCUUUUGAACCAGAUAUGACGGAUGACGAUGUAAAUAGUAUCGAAAGCGAUCACAUAGAGGAAGACUUGGCUAUUCGUGAAGAAGAUUGCGAUAUUGUAGAAGAAAUAAAUGAACCAACGCCUAAAAUGUUUAAUACAAUUUUGAGAAAUGAUACUAAUCUCGACGACACCGAAGAAGAAACUGCUUUUGAAGAAGAAGUUCUAACCAGCGAUGAAGAACCUGAAGAUAACCAGGCGUUCAACAUAGGUAGAGAAAUACAAAAGACAACUAAAGAAGUUAUAUCUGAAGAUCAAAUUGAAAAUGAAAUUAAUUUAGAAAAACGCCAAGUUCAAUUUGACAAGAUGUCAAAAACAAAUCCAAAAAGAAGAAGAAAGUCUAAAUAUUGUACAGAAGUUCACUGCAAAGAUCAUUGCAUUGAAAAAAUCGAUAAAAAUUUAUCUAUAUCCAUCAAGAAACUGGAAAUACACGAAAAAUCUACGGUCAAUUUACCUCCACUUCAACUUCAUCAACGCCAAUGUUGCGACGACGUGAAAUUGUCGAGCAGCUCCCAAAAUCUUCCCAAUUAUAACGGAUACCGAUCGGAAUACGGGCUCACAUAUCGACAAUUAAAAAAUAAGAAUCGCCACCUCGAAAUGAUCAAACAAAAAGAACUGGCAAGACAAAAGCUAAUUGAACAGUACCGACACUUAAAAGUACAGCAAAACGAAACAGUGUUCUGCCAGUGGUUGAAAGAGGUAUCCAGGAGAAACAAGGAACAAACCGAAUUGAAAAAUCAGUUUAAAAUCAAGCAUAAAACAUCCCCCUUCGAAAUACUUCCAAAGUCUCUUAGUCCAAUGGCGAUUAAUAACAACAAACAUGUGAUAAAGACGGGUCGUACUAAGGAAAGACCUAAAACAGCUGGAUAUAACGAAUUCGUACCUAAAACAAAUGUAAAGAAGAAAAGACCUCACACCACACAAUCAUGCGUGUAUAUUGAGGUACCCCAGAAUCUUUUGAAAAGGGGAAUCUAUAUUGGGGAUUUGCUAGUUACUAAUUCCAUGGAAAUCGGUAAAAAAUUGCAUAUAUUAACAGUUUCGUAAAGCAAAAGAAAAAAGUUAACUUAAGCCAACUGUUGCUAACUAUGGUUAAUAAAAUGUAUCGCAAUGAUUUGCUUGCCAAUGAUAAAAUUAAUCAUUUUGUAACCGGUUAACUCAA